AUGGCUUGUUUGGACAGUCUGCUGGAUGGCAGUGUUGAUUGGCAAUUUUUUUACUACGACGCCCGAUUGGCCUCGUUCACCGACGAGUGGCCUCAUCGCUCCGCUAACUUACUGCCAGAAAAGAUGGCUGCAGCAGGCUUCUAUUACGAUCCGGAUAACACAGUCAGAGACAAUGUCACUUGCCCAUUCUGCUUGAAAAGUCUGAUGGGCUGGGAAUUCGAUGAUGAUCCAGUUGUGGAGCACUCCAAAAGAAAAGAUUUGUGCUAUUUUGCGCGGCUUCAGAAAGAGGAGGAAGAAUGGACG